GGAGAGGGGAAGAGAGCGCGCCAUGCAGACGUGCGCCAGGGCCUGGGCGCUGCGCCUGGGCCGCGGGGCCGGGGGUAGCCGACGCCUGACGGGGGGCGCGGGGCCUCGCGGGGUCACCCCCGCCCGGAACGGCAGCGGCGGCGGCGGGGACAGUGGCGCGGGGGCCUCGCGCCUCCUUGAGCGUCUGCUGCCCCGCCACGAUGACUUCGCGCGGCGGCACAUCGGCCCGGGGGACAAAGACCAGCGGGAGAUGCUGCAGGCCCUGGGGCUGGCGAGCAUCGAGGAGUUGAUUGAGAAGACGGUCCCAGCUGGCAUCCGCUUGAAGAGACCUUUGAGAAUGGAAGACCCUGUAUGUGAAAAUGAAAUCCUCGAAACUCUAAAUGCCAUUUCCAGCAAAAACCAGAUUUGGCGAUCCUACAUCGGCAUGGGGUAUUACAACUGCUCGGUGCCACAGCCAAUUGUGCGGAACUUACUGGAAAACUCAGGAUGGAUUACCCAGUAUACCCCGUACCAGCCAGAGGUGUCUCAGGGAAGGCUGGAGUGCUUACUCAACUACCAGACCAUGGUGUGUGACCUCACAGGCCUGAACACGGCCAAUGCAUCCCUGCUGGAUGAGGCCACCGCAGCGGCGGAGGCCAUGCAGUUGUGCUACAGACACAACAAGAGGAGGACAUUUUUUGUAGACCCUCGUUGCCACCCACAGACAAUAGCGGUCGUCCAGACUCGAGCCAAAUACGCUGGAGUCCUCGUUGAAAUAAAGUUACCCCACGAGAUGGACUUCAGUGGAAAAGAUGUCAGUGGUGUUUUGUUUCAAUACCCCGACACUGAGGGGAAGGUGGAAGACUUCACGGAGCUGGUAGAGCGAGCCCAUCAGAGUGGGAGUCUGGCUUGUUGUGCUACUGACCUUUUAGCGCUAUGUAUCUUGAGGCCUCCUGGAGAGUUUGGUGUGGACAUUGCCCUGGGCAACUCACAGAGAUUCGGGGUGCCCCUGGGCUAUGGAGGGCCUCACGCAGCCUUCUUUGCUGUCGGAGAGAACUUGGUGAGAAUGAUGCCUGGAAGAAUGGUAGGGGUGACAAGAGAUGCCACUGGGAAGGAAGUGUACCGUCUUGCUCUUCAAACCAGGGAGCAACACAUCCGGAGAGACAAGGCCACCAGCAACAUCUGUACAGCCCAGGCCCUCUUGGCGAAUGUGGCUGCCAUGUUUGCAAUCUACCAUGGUUCCAGCGGGCUGACGCACAUUGCACAGAGGGUGCAUAAUGCUACUCUAAUUUUGUCUGAAGGUCUCAAGCGUGCGGGGCAUCAACUUCAGCAUGACAAGUUCUUCGACACCUUGAAGGUCCAGUGUGGCUGCUCAGUGAAGGAGGUCCUGGAUAGAGCUGCACAGCGGAAAAUCAAUUUUCGGCUCUUCCAGGAUGGCAUGCUUGGUGUUUCUCUUGAUGAGACUGUCAAUGAAAAAGAUCUGGAUGACGUACUGUGGGCCUUUGGCUGUGAGUCAUCUGCAGAACUGGUUGCCGAAAGCAUGGGAGAAGAGCACAGAGGUAUUCCAGGAACUGCAUUCAAGAGAACUAGCCCGUUCCUCACACACCAAGUGUUUAACAGCUAUCACUCAGAAACAAACAUCGUUCGGUACAUGAAGAAAUUGGAAAACAAAGACAUUUCCCUGGUUCACAGCAUGAUUCCACUGGGCUCGUGCACGAUGAAGCUCAACAGUUCCUCUGAACUCACACCCAUCACAUGGAAAGAAUUUGCAAAUAUCCACCCCUUCGUGCCUUUGGACCAAACUCAAGGAUACCAGCAGCUAUUCCGAGAGCUUGAGAAGGAUUUGUGUGAACUUACAGGCUAUGACCAAAUCUCUUUCCAGCCUAACAGUGGAGCCCAGGGGGAAUAUGCCGGGCUGGCCACCAUCCGAGCCUACUUGGACCAGAAAGGAGAAAGGCAUAGAACAGUUUGCCUCAUUCCAAAAUCAGCACAUGGGACCAAUCCAGCAAGUGCUCACAUGGCAGGCAUGAAGAUUCAGCCAGUGGAGGUGGACAAGUAUGGGAAUAUUGACGUCGCCCACCUCAAGGCCAUGGUGGACAAACACAAGGAGAAUCUGGCAGCCAUUAUGAUCACAUAUCCAUCCACCAACGGUGUGUUUGAGGAGAACAUCAGGGACGUGUGUGACUUGAUCCACCAGUCCGGAGGACAGGUCUACCUAGACGGGGCAAACAUGAACGCUCAGGUGGGACUGUGCCGUCCUGGAGACUUUGGGUCUGAUGUCUCGCACUUAAACCUUCACAAGACCUUCUGUAUUCCCCACGGAGGAGGUGGCCCUGGCAUGGGGCCCAUUGGAGUGAAGAAGCAUCUUGUCCCUUUCCUGCCCAGCCAUCCCGUCAUCGCAGCGAAGCUGGGUGUGGACUCACAACCUUUGGGCACUGUGAGUGCUGCCCCGUGGGGUUCCAGUUCCAUCCUGCCCAUCUCCUGGGCGUACAUCAAGAUGAUGGGAGGCAAAGGCCUGAAACAGGCCACAGAAGUUGCAAUAUUAAAUGCCAACUACAUGGCCAAGCGAUUAGAAAAACACUACCGGGUGCUUUUUAGGGGCUCAAGAGGUUAUGUGGCUCAUGAAUUUAUUUUGGACACACGACCCUUCAAAAAGUCUGCAAAUAUUGAAGCUGUGGAUGUGGCCAAGAGGCUCCAGGAUUAUGGAUUUCACGCCCCUACCAUGUCCUGGCCUGUGGCGGGGACCCUCAUGAUUGAGCCCACAGAGUCGGAAGACAAAGCAGAGCUGGACCGAUUCUGCGACGCCAUGAUUAGUAUUAGGCAAGAAAUCGCUGACAUCGAGGAGGGCCGCAUCGACCCCAGGAUCAACCCACUGAAGAUGUCUCCACACUCCCUGACCUGCGUCACAUCCUCCCACUGGGACCGGCCGUAUUCCAGAGAAGCGGCGGCAUUCCCACUUCCCUUCGUGAAACCAGAGAACAAGUUCUGGCCGACCAUUGCCAGGAUUGACGACAUAUAUGGAGACCAGCACCUGGUGUGCACGUGCCCACCCAUGGAGGUUUACGAGUCCCCGUUUUCCGAACAGAAGAGGGCCUCUUCGUAGUUCUCUCUUCCCUCGUUUCAAGUGUCUGGCCUGAUGCCUUUCUGGAGCUUUUGAUAAUUAAGAAGUAUUUCAUCAUCCACCCCAGGCU